AUGCCCAGCCCUUGCUGUUGGGGGGGAUGUAGCGAGGUUUUUGGACACACCAACGAGCUGGUUGUUCAUUUAUCCGCCCAUCUCGGAAGUCCUCAAGACCAAUGCAAAUGGCGUGGAUGCGCGGCGAAUUUGGGAGAGAAUGUGACGACUGCCGUCGUAUUGCGUCGUGUGGUGGUGGAGCACGCUGCACUUCGGCCGCAUCGCUGUUCUCAAUGCCACAAAAACUUUUUCGGCACCGAAUUUCUUGGAGAUCCAUAUUCGUGUAAUUCAUCGGAAAAAAGCGGUAAGUUCUUGAAAUUCUUGAGUGUUACAGCUUCUAGGAGACUACCGAGCCUUUGCCGGCCAUCCAACGGCUUGCCAUCCGUCGUAG